AGAUUUAUAAAUGGACAGUGUAAUAUACCAAACAUGGGAAAGACCACUAAAGUAGUAGUUUGUGGAAUGAAAGGGGUUGGAAAAACAGCUCUUCUUGAGCAGCUCAUAUACGGAAACGUAACUACGAAGAAUGAAAUUCAUCCCACUAUCGAAGAUAUAUAUGUCGCAAAUAUAGAGACGGACAGAGGGACGAAAGAAAAAGUAAGAUUCUAUGAUACUGCUGGACUUGAGCCACUGCACAAUAACACCAAUAAUCAACAAUUGGCUCGACACUAUCUUGGCUUUGCUGACGGUUAUGUGCUUGUUUAUGAUACUGCCAAACCUGAAUCUCUAGAUCUUUUACAACCGCUGAAACAAGAUAUUUACAAAAAUAAAGACAAGAAAGAAAUAUCGCUGAUUGUGCUGGGGAAUAGAACAAAGAGUGAUACAGAGACUCAGUGCCUGGAAAAUACAGCAAGUCGCGCCGCCAAUUGGUGUAACCGAGAAAAGUUGAAACACUUUGAAGUUAAUGCCAUGAAUAGAGCCUCUCUCUACGAGGCUUUUGUCUAUCUCGCAUCUAAAUUGAAUCCGAUACAAAAUAAAAGUACAUUUCCACAAUUGAGCAUGGGACGUAAAAACAUUAAGGCAGAGGCUACUUGAUGGUGUUGUUAUUUUAUCAAUGCCCGUCAUUGAAUCUUUAAAUACAAUUACUGAAGUGGAAUUGAUAAGCGCAUCAUUGGAAGGCAAAGAAAAUUUUUACUGAAGUUGAAAUUUUGAAUUUCUUGUAUUAACAUUGAUAUUUUUUCACUUUCUGCAUAAGUUUUCAAAAUCGGACCAAAAUUUCCGAAAUUUUUUCUCCCCUUUGUGUGAUCGAAUAUUUUCAGCGAUGCUAAAAGAAAAAAAUUUUUUUGCAUUCCAAUUGUGAUCACAAUUCGCAAUAUUGUUCAUUGUGAUGAAAAAGUUGAAGUUUUUCUACAACGAAUUUCUUCCAGCUUUUUUUAAGCUGGAAGAAAUUCGUGUGAUUUUAACGAAGGCGAAUUUGAUUCUUCGAUUUUGCAAUUAAUAUGAUUUUUUCUCGUAUUCGAGAAAGUUACCGUUUAUUCUCGCGUUUUCGAAUAAUUUGACUGGCUCUAAUAAUCGUUUUGUAGUAUAUACUGAAGAAGUAAAAUGUUUAUUUAAACGA